AUGUCGUCCAAAGGAGGUGCCUCCAUGUACGAGAAUGCCGACAAAACUCCCCCUCGGCGUCAGUACUUUCGCGAGAAGCAACGCGAGUAUCGCCGCAAUAUGAUUGCUGACAUGGCCGCUUUGAAAGCACAGUGCGUGCACCUUCAGUCGGUUCUUGUCCGACUUCAAACAGCCAGGUCGCCGUCCGUGGUGCCGCGAGAAGCAAGCGAUGGUCCGUUGUCCUGGCAUUCCAUUGCUAUAGUGUUCAAAAGAGAAGCCCAUCGUGUCUUGACGGACCGCCAGUCACUUGGCACUCAAACGCAAGAGUUACAAUCCCUCACGAAGGCCAUGCAACGCUUUGUCGUGACGAACAUUCAGCCGCCCAUGUCCCGCAGCAAUGCGUGGCAGAAUGCGACAUUGGCGGCAGACCCGAGUGCUCGAAACCUGGGCAAGGAGUGGCUCACGCAGCAAAUGUACCACAACAUGCACGAGCCGUUCGCGUUGUUUCCUGCCGCGAGAUUGGAUGAGGAUUUGUUCCAUAUCGACGUGCAAAUGUCGGACGACGGCGAGCCGAUUAUGGGCGUGGAAAGGGUGCAGUUCCUCUUGCCAGGCACGGUGCAAAUGUUUCGACGCCUGAUCGAGUGCAACAUGUGGCAGGCGAAGUUGUACAAUUCCGUGGUGGAAGAGAUCACAGCCAACACGCGCCUGUUUCACAAGACCACGCCCAAAGGCAUGUUCGUGAACAGGCUCCAAGGCCACUUCGUCGAAGCCAACCGGUUCGUCAUGGUCACUCGGGGAGUCGAUGAGGACGAAGCUUACGUGUGUGACCCCCAGACCGAGGUGCGGCAGAUAUCGCCAACACACAUCUUGCUGCGAUUUGUCAGCCAUGUGUCGCAGAUAUUUCAACCUGCCACCGGGUUUGUGAGUGUGGACGAGCAGGCGACGUUGAAGGGCGUCGAUGUGAUGGACGUCGACGACGGCCUCAAGGAUGAGUACGUGCGACGCGAACUGAUCCGACGGAGGCAUGCGGAGCUCUUGCCUUGGCGACAACAUUUAAUGGAGAGGAUGCACCAGAACGCGACAAACUAAUCAAAAUUCGUAUUGUGCUUUCAAG